AUGACCACAAACCCAGUCCACCUCUAUCGCUCCCUUCUCCGGGAAGCCACCUAUCUUCCCUUACCACAAUGCCGUACAUUUGUCAAAGAUCACAUCACCGCCUCCUUCCGGCGUUACCUGCCCAAAUACGCCAACAGCGAUGCACCCAAAUCUCGCUCCGGUAACCCCAUCACCUUUGAGCGGCAGACGAAGCUCCUCCACCGAGGCCGCAAGUUUCUGUCAUCCUUGCGCCGCGCAAAUGAGGGAUACACCGCCCACGUCGAGAAAGUCCUACGGAUGACGUAUGGCCGCGUCGGACCGCGACGAUACGCCCUCCUCGAACCAUGGCUACAAGUACCGGCGGCAUCUCUAGAUGAUACCGCUCAAGAAGACCUGCGUCAACCAUCUGAGUCGAAAUCAGGCUCGAGCCCCGGCACAGGGACCGAGACCGAGACCAAGACCGGUACAGCUCAUCAUAGAGGAGAAUCAGGCGCGAGCAACUCGAAGCAGGAAAAGAAGGGGAACCUCAAGACACAAGCACACGCACAAGCACAAGCACAAGCCAAGGCAACAACACCCAAGGCGGCCGACAAGGCAGCAGAAGAACUAAGCAUCGCAACCCCCCUCUCACCCCGUCGCCAAGCCUACUUCUCCUCGCAACUCGCAAAGUACAACAUCUCCCCCAACAUGCGCGCCCUCCUAGUGUCCCAGGCGACAGAACAGUCCAAAUUCGACCGCGCCAACCGACCCGCCGGCAAGAUCAGACCGACCUUCAAGCCCCCGCAGACCACCACGAUCUGGGGCGCUCCCCUCCCACCCAGCCGCGUCAAGAACCUCAAGCGCGAAUGGUACCACGCCAACCUCGCGGCCGCCCUCCCGCCGCUCCCUCAAGCAGAAUACAACGCCGUCCACGACCUGGUCAGCGGCAAGGCGCAGUUCCCACCCGUGCCACGGCGCAGACCGCGAGCGCGGCGCUCCGAGGCGGACCGGGGGCGAGAAGAAGCAGACAGACAAUCUGUGGUGAUCCUCGAGGGGCCCAGGCCCGGUGUCCGCUUCAAGGACUACACCCAUGGCCGUCCGCAUAAGAUGACGCCGCGCCUGCUCCGCCACCUUCUCUCGCGCGCCGUGCUCAAACAGACACCCUUCGUCGUCAAGGCCACCACCGACCCUGGCAGGACCAGGACUGUGACUGUCUCUGACCUCGCUUUCCACUGGGACGACGCCUUGACCCGAGAGCGCUACCAAACCACAAAGCUUACUAGCUCGAUAACUCGGAGACAGUGUGACCUACUAUUCGGAACAUGA